AUGAGACUUCGGAUUCGUGGUCCUAAUGGCCAGUCUACUGUCACUCUGGAGGACACGGCAACGGUGGAGGAGCUGCUGGACAAUAUCAGUCGAGCGACUUCACUAUCAUCAUACGAUAUAAAGUACGGAUAUCCACCGCAGUCUCUCCUUCUUAGCCAGUUUGAUGCCAAGUCUAAGAUCAAAGAUAUAGGCGUCAAUCUGAAUGGAGAGCAGCUCAUUGUGAGUAAGCGGGAGGAGCCUGCACCGCAGCCAGAGCCAUCAUCUGAACAGGAAAGGAUAGAACCAGCAGCACCGCUUUCUCUCACCAAGAAGAAGAGCAGUAUAGAAGACAAUGCACCAGAGAUUCCCUCUCCUGAGCAUGGGGGAACGAUUGUCCUUCGGGUCAUGCCUGAUGACAACUCAUGUUUGUUCCGUGCCGUUGGCAGUGCAGUCCUAGGCGCAAUUGAUACCAUGACCGAACUGCGGUCUAUCGUCGCUCAAAGCAUUCAAGAACAGCCAGACUUCUACACUGCUGCAGUUUUGGAAAAGGCCCCUGAUGACUACUGCCGUUGGAUUCAGACUGAGGAUGCCUGGGGGGGUGGAAUUGAGCUUGGCGUCCUCAGCAAGCACUUUGAUAUUGAAAUAUGCUCAAUAGAUGUUCAGACUCUGCGCAUAGACCGAUUCAACGAGGGUUGCCCUACCCGCUGCAUCGUGGUAUACUCGGGUAUUCAUUACGACACCGUUGCCUUAUCUCCGUCCGAUGAACCCUACACCCAUGCAUAUGCUCCGCCGGAGUUUGACACUAGGAUAUUUGACUCCUCGGACCCGAUCAUUUUGGAAAAAGCCAUAGAGCUAUGUCAGAUAUUAAAUGAGAAACACUAUUAUACCGACACCACCAACUUCCAAGUUAAAUGCAACGUUUGUGGAGGACUCUUUGUUGGUGAAAAGGGUGCCACCGCCCACGCAUCCGAGACCGGCCAUUAUGACUUCGGAGAAGCUGGCUAUUCCGGUGGAAACGAUUAA